AUGAGAACCCGUGGAACCACAAGAACACUACAAUCCAGUAAGUAAAAGCAUUCACAUUUCUGUGGAAUGAAUGACAUGCAAUUGCAAGGUUUUUCACACUCACUUUACUACCACUAUGAAUUGAUUUUCGAAUGGCUAUUAAUAUGUGCAUGUAUUCUAUGUACUGUUACCCAGGCAAGAGACACAAAAUAGUGCCCACAGUGAGGACUCCCCAUUGGAGGUUGGUCAGGCAGUCCAGGGGGAAGAGGAAAGCUUCAGGUUCAGGGAAGACUGGAAAAGAGGAGUUCAAAGGGAGAAAAAUCACCUGAAUGACCACAGUACUGUCACUGGCUGA